CCUUCCCCUCUUCCCUCUCGCGGCGCUCCCGUGGGCGCCCCGAGGGGAACCCAUCACGGCCGCCGCCUCCCUCCCCCUCCUCUGCCCACCUCCCUCGCCGCCGCCCGAUGGGGCCGCCGGGCAAAGCCUGGCCUGCUGGGGCGGCGGCGGGGCCUUCCUCUCCCCUAUGCCCGUGGUCCAUGGCUGGCACGGGAUGGCUUCCCAAGCGGGGGCGCUACCCUAUGGCGGGGGGCUAGCGGCGCGGCGGCGCUCCGUCGGGGUGGUGUCGGGUCCCCUGGUGGCGGCGCGGCGGCGACCGAGUGGGCGGCUGCGGCAGGUCAGAUCGGGCGGUGGCGGGCCGGCGCGCCUCUGGUCAGAUCCUCGCUGAUUUGGUCCCUGCGGCAGCGGGUGUCGCGGGGUGGUGGCGGAGGUCCUCAUGGGCUGUGCGUGGAGGUGGCUUGCGGCGGCGUGGCUGCAACCACAUGGUCGGCCGGUCUGCGCGCGGCGGCUGCGGGACUUGCUCUGGCGUCUGCUUGUCGGCGGCUUUCUCGGGUGGGCUUCCUCCCUCCUCUGCGGAUUCAGUGGCAGCGAUAGGAUUUGUGGCAUGAGAGCAAACUGCCCUGUUCAAGUGAAAAGAGGGAUUAUCCUGUUCAAGUGCAUUGUCACAAGUGAAAGGUCUAGGAAAAGGAAAAUACAGAAAAAAGCCUAUGAGGCAGAAAAUUCAAAGAAAUCAAAGGUUGAAGAAGUUGCAAGGCAGAGCAAGGGAAAGGCUGCAGCUCAAGACCUACAAGUGCAUGAGCCCAGAAGACCUACAGGCAUUCAAAUUAGGGAGCCAAGUUCACAACCAAGCUCAUUGCAUGUGUCACAGCAAAGAUCAUUGGUUCAGAGAAGUGCUCCAGCUAGCAAGCCUAGAUCAGCAAAGGUUCAGAGAAGUGCUGCUACUCCAUUUGUUCCACCUAAACAAGUUACAAACUUGCCACAACAUUGUUUCAAUCUAGCUGCAUACAAGGAAGCUAAGAAAGGCAGAGCAGGGCCUCCAGUUUGAUGUUGAACAAGUCUUUUUUGUAUCAGGAGUCAUGUCAUGUAAUAUAUAUGUUUAAGGAGUCUUUUUUGUAUCAGGAGUAGGGCCUCUAGUUGCAGUCAUGUAAUAUCUGUACUGCCAACCAACUAUAUAUCAGGAUUUUCACAUACUAUUUUGUUCUGGAUUGAACACCAA